CAAAAUAUAAACCGCUGACUGUUGAGGGACGUCACUAGUCCCGUCAUUCAUUAUCGUUCAUCUUGAACACAGCACUAGCAGCUGUCAAUUUAUGGUCAAAGCAAUAAGCAUGUGGAAUAUAAAAUAAAAGUUUUAACAUCAAGUGGAAGUUAUUUUAAUCAAGUUUAAUCACACCCAUCAUGACACAAAACACGGCAAAUAACAUGGUGUCAGCGUGGGGUGGAAUGCCGCCGCUUCCCGAAAUGUGUUUUGUGGGAAACCUGUCAAAGAAUUUUCAGGUGUGGGUGCAGCGAUUGAAAAUAUAUCUGACGGCACACGGAAUGGAAAAAGAAAACCCAAAAAGAUUGAAACUUAUAAACUUAGGAAAGGACUGCGAAUUUGAAAACUUAACUGAAGGAAUAACAGUCAGCAAAAUCAUAGCAGGGUUAGACAAAAGAUUUAAUAAUUUAAAAACAAAAUUAAUGGCGGAAGACGAUAAGAGGCUUACUCUAGAAUAUAUAAUGAAAUUUCUUCUUAGUGCUGAUGCAUCAAGAAAGUAUGUAGAGAAGAUGGGUGGAUCGGAGGAGCCAGUGGAAACAGAAACUGAGGUACUGUUCUCGACCUCACGGAAAAAGGAUAAAUUAUAUACAAAGAAAAUAAAUAACUGCACAAGAUGUGGCCAAACACACGAAAUGAACAACUGUCCCGCUUAUGGAAAAAAGUGUUUCAAGUGCGAGAAAUCUAACCACUUCAGCAACAAAUGUCGCAAUAGGGGGCAACGUCAAACUACUAAACAACAGCAUGUGAAUGUUGUGGAAGAAGGAGUGGAUGACAACAAUGAGGACUUCUUCAUUGGUGUGGCAAUGCUCGGUAAUGAAAUAACACAGGAUUUCAUGUGAACUAUUUGAUGGUGGUCUUGGUUGCUUACCUGGCUUGGUGAAAAUACAACUAAAGGAAAAUGCUGUACCUGUUGCUCAAGCUGCACGUCGGGUUCCCUUUUCAUUAUUGCCUGAAUUGAGAGAGGAACUAACAAAAAUGGAAUCAAUGGGAGUUAUUGAGAAAGUAAAUAAACCCACUCAAUGGGUAAACAAUCUAGUCCUGGUAAGAAAACCCAAUGGUAAGUUGAGAAUAUGCAUAGAUCCAAGAGCAUUAAAUAAAUUUAUAUUACAGCCAAAAUACCAGUUACCGACUAUAGAUGAGAUUAAAAGUAAAAUGCAAAAUGCUAAAGUAUUUGCACUGCUUGAUGCUUCAAAUGGUUUCUGGAUGUUGAAACUUGAUGAUGAAAGCUCUGAUUUAUGCACAUUCAUUACACCUUUUGGGCGCUACAGGUUCAGGAGACUGCCAUUUGGUGUUAGCUGUGCACCAGAGGAAUUUAGCAGAGUAAUUAGUCAGAUGUUUGAAAAUGUUGAAGGAGUAAUACCAUAUUUAGACGAUUUGUGUGUCUAUGCUGAUUCAGUUAAACAACUAAAAGAUAGAUUACAGAAAGUUUUAGA